UGUUUGCCUAAAAGCAAACAACCGAAAAAGGCCUAAAUUAAUUAAUUAGUUUUUAUGCAAGCCGAAAGUACCCAAAUAUCUGUAGACCAGAUUGGGGCACACAAAAAAACCGUUUAAAUCUCCCAAAAUAAUGCAAAAUUACCUCAAGAGCACCCAAAAAAAACUAACAAGAUACCUUGCUUUUAAUCACUCCAACAUGGCUUUUUUUUUCUGAACCAAGCCAUUUGGCACCAGCAAAAAAAAAAGAAAAAACAACAAAAAUAAUCAAAAAUCAAUAGGCCACCAGAAAAUGGGCACAUAAGAAAACUGUUGAAGGUCCAAAAUCAAACAUAAUUACAUUAAAAGCACCAAAAAAAAAAAAGAAAACAUACCAAAUCCAUUGUUUUUAAACAUUCCAAAAUAAGUGUUUCAAUUACUGGACCAGACCAAUUAUUGGCGCAUACAGAAAUCAUUUAAAAACGAUCAAAAAAUGAUAAACAUGUGAAACGGCCGAAAAAAUUAUUAUUCAAAUUCCUCUGUUUUCAACAACACAUAAUGUCAAUUUUUUUUUCUAGAGUAGGAUGUUGAAAAUUAAAAAAAAAAUCUUAUAAAAACCAUGGAAAUUAGUCCUAAAAGUUAUUAAAGUAAUUGAAAAGAAGCUCAAAGUCCUUGAUUUUUAGACACUCCAAAAUGGUUUUUCAUCAUUUUGAGAUUUAGGGUUCGCCACUCCAGACCUUAGAUUUUUAUCUGUAUUCCAUAGAAUUCUAUUAAAAUCCCUAAUUCCAUAGACUUCCCAAAAUAUCAUUUCAUUUCUGAACCAAUAUGAAAUUUUUGGGAAAACAGCUAAAUUAGUAGGAUUCUACCCUGUUUUUUCGUGUGCCCAAUUUUUGGUGAUCUUCAGAUUUUGGGGUGCAUAAAAAUUAAUGCUUUUUGAGAGGGUUUAGGCUUUUUUCGGUUGUUUGCUUUUGGGCAAACAGCUAAAUUUAGGAUUCUACCCUGUUUUUAAGACGCCAAAUGCCCUGCUGGUCCAGAAGUAACAUUUUACAUCCUAUACUUAAAAACCUUGACCAAACGAAGCGACUCUAUUUAAUCAGUGACUUCCGUUAAAAUGGCCGAAAUACAAAUCGCUCCCAAGUACACAAUCGGCAAUAAUCGCCCAACUUUUAUCAUCGCAGAAAUUGGCCAAAAUCAUCAAGGUGAUGUAAACACUGCCAAAAAAUUAAUCCGACUCGCGAAGGAAAGUGGAGCUGAUUGUGUUAAAUUUCAAAAAACUUGUCUUACUGAAAAAUUCAACAAAACAGCCUUAACCAGGCCCUACCCUGGCGCCAAUUCAUGGGGGCCAACUUACGGCGAACACAAAAAAUUUCUGGAAUUUUCAAACGAGCAGUUUCGCGAAUUGCAGAGUUUUGCCAACGAAAUUGAUAUUUUAUUCACAGCGUCUGCAAUGGAUUUGCAAUCUUUACGAUUUCUUGCUUCCUUGAAAGUCCCUUUUAUUAAAAUUGGAUCUGGUGAUUCUAAUAAUUUGUUAUUGAUUAAAGAAGCUGCAGCAACAAAAAUACCUCUUGUUAUAUCAACAGGAAUGCAAGAGAUGCAAGGUGUUAGGGCCACUUACGAGUGUGUCACCCAAUAUCACAAAAACUUUGCUCUUCUUCACUGCGUUUCUGCAUAUCCGACGCCUCUUGAAGACAUAAAUCUUGAAGUUAUUAAUCUGUAUAAAAAGGAAUUUCCUGAUAUUGUGAUUGGUUAUUCAGGACAUGAGCUUGGGAUUGAUGUCAGUGUAGCUGCUGUGGCGUUAGGGGCAAAAAUUAUUGAACGUCAUAUAACACUUGAUAAAAGACAGAAAGGGUCUGACCAUCAAUGUUCAUUAGAACCACAAGAACUGAAGCUUUUGAUUAAAAAGAUAAGGGAGUUGGAAAUCGCCUUGGGUAAACCUGUGAAGGUUUUCCAACCUUCAGAACAUCCCUGUUAUAACAAGCUUGGAAAAAGUUUAGUAGCCUCAAGAGCCCUACGAAACGGUGAUAUUUUACAACUUGAAAAUAUUAAAAUUAAAGUAGCAGAGCCAAAAGGAAUCGACGCCUCUUUACUCAAAGAUGUGUUAGGCAAACGGGUUAAGGGAGACAUCAAUGAAGAUGGAACAAUUUUAGAAGAAUAUUUAGAAUGAUUUAUUCAUUACAUCACUUACAAUUUACUUUUUUCUUUCAUAUGGCCAUACAUAAAUCGGUGCUCGAUUGCGAUUUCCUCUCCGCACUCGUUUUGGGGGUAAAACGUUCUUCCUAUUCUCCACAUGUUUUUUCAUUUCAAUUUUCUGUUGAAUUACUGAUAAUUCCUUCUCUCUGUUAAUCCUCUUUGCUAAUUCAUUAUAUAAAUGUUUCUUUUUCUUCGUCGCUUCAGCUAAAUCAUCCAGAUUCACGUCAGGCAACUCUUUUUUUGACAGCUGCUCCAAUUUCUUCUUUGUUAAUUCUUCCUUAUCUAUAUUCUUAGUGAAAUAAAUAUGUUUAUUUUUCACGUCGUGAUCCACGCUUGCUAAAUGCAAUUGUGCUUGAAGUUUUUCAAUUUUCUUCAAUUCUUGCGUCCUUUUCGUCGUGAUAUACUUCAAAUCUUGACUUCGCAUUAACCUUAUUUGUUCUGGUGUAUCUUCAUCUUCAGUUUCUUUUUCAAAAUGCAUGCCAUUUUCCGUUUUUGAGUUGAUCAUGUGGUGGUAAAACUCAUCAGGAUUUUUGUUGAGAGCCCUUUUACGUAGGAGUUUGAGGGUUUCUUUCUUUUCAUUGAAAUCUUUGGCUCGCUUGACAUAAUCCUUCUUCUUUUCUAAUAAACCGAGGUGCUUGCGUUCUUCUGGCUGGUGGCGUUCUUUGUGGCUUUUCUGGUGCGCUUUUGCGGCUUUUUUCCAAACCGACAUUUUUAAAAAUCAAUAAUCAGUAACACAUGUGACAAUUAAACCAAAAAACUAACCUCUAAAAUUUGAAUUUUACAACUGUCAACUGGUAAGGUAGACAGCCAAUAAUACAGAGUACAGCAAUGUUGACAAAUGUUUUAUAAUUCAUGAUUAAUGUUUCCUAGGCGUUCAAGUAAUAAUGUAAUACCAGGCGAUAAAUAAAUACGAAGUGUUUUAAUAAAAUUGUACAA